AAAGAGGAAAGAGAAGGUGUAAUGUAAAUAGAUACAUACAGAAUACACACGUUUAAAAAGCAACUAUGCAAGAUAAAUAGACAUUAUUAUGAUACUGAUGCAGUAUUUUCCCUUACUGUUUGGUAAGAGGAACACCUUACACAACCAUAGAUACUAAGACACUAAAACAGGAAGUGCAUUUCCUGUGGAAUGUAACCUUCUAUUGACUAUAGAGGUCUAUAGGAGAUACAAUAGAUAGAUGCAACCUUGAGUACUUUUACUAAAGUACUGUACUUAAGUAUUCCUUAGGUACUUGUGCUUUACAUGAUUAUUUCCAAUUUCCGCUACUUUAUACAUCUACUCCAUGACAUUUCAGAGUACUAAAUGCUUCACUUUUCAGAUUAAGAUUUUACAUAAAAAAACAUAAUCAGCUUGCAAAAUAUGAUGCACUGUUGAUUUCUUACACAAUAAUACAUCAGUAAUAAUAAUCCAAUAUAUAAUAAUAUAACACUGGCAGGAGCCAUUCUUCUGCUUAAUGAGUACUUUUACUUCUGAUCACUUCAGUAAAUGUUGCUGAUAAUACUUACAUACUUGUACUUUGGAAGGUUUUUGAAUGCAAGACUUUUACUUGUAAUGGAGUAAAUUUACACAGUAUUGCUGAGUUUACUUCAGUAAAGAAUGUGACUUCUUAUUUGAUAAAUAGAUCCCAUUAAACCUUAACAUGUAAACAGAGAAGUUACUCAGCCAAGAUGAUUUUGAACAGCAGAGGGUGCUGCUGUAUUCAUUUCUCUACAGUGAAUAACUGGAAACACAAACAGCAAUUCUGAACACAGGAUGUUGAACAGGGUGAAGAGUUUCCUAAGUUAUUUUGUAACUGGGCAACUGUGUAUCUGUUGAUCAAUACAAAUCUCAAUUUUCAGAGUACAUUCACAAAUUCCACUUCAUGAGUAUAAACAAUGUCAAACACGUAACAAAUACCACACUAGUACACUCUAACUCUGGUUCCACUUUCUUUUUCCUCACAUCUGCAACAAGAGUCCAUCUCCUCUCCUGCUCCAUGGUUUGUUUUUCUGUCGGUAUGUGGCCGUCUAAAAACUGCACUGGAAAACAUCCUAAGCUUUCAGCUGUUAUCAUUCCAGUGUCCUGUUGCACAAAAGUAGAAUUAAGACAUCCGGGAUAAAUGACUCAGCUGAGCUCAAUAAAGCCAAAACAUGUGCGUCCAGGCUUAAUUGGUUGCACAAAGACCAAGCCAGGAUGAGCAGACACGGAUUCAUUAAGCCAGGUGAAACCAAUCCUGGAUAGGUGCGCGCUCACGGCUCACUCAAAUAGACCCCGCCACAGAUCACAGAUUAACUGAUUUACCAUGGCAACUAGAGCCGCGUACUUUUCCCCGUCGGAAGCACAAAUCCUCAUGGAGGCAUACGAGGAGGUAAAAGAUAUAAUUAAGAAGAAAGGCAACACCGCCACAGUGAUAAAGCAAAGAGAAAAAGCGUGGCAAAGUAUUGCAGACCGCCUGAAUGCAUUAAACAUGAACGGGCCAAAGCGGACAUGGCAGCAGGUCAAAAUCAAAUACAAGAACAUUCUGCAGAAUGCAGUGAAAAAGAAUACCCACAGACAAGGCACGGGUGGUGGGUCACCAAAGGCUGACCUUACCCCAGCAGAGGACAUGGCCUUGGAGCUAAAUAAAGGCAGGCCCGUCUUAGAGGGGAUCCCUGGGGGGAAAGAGACGAGCAUAGGUUCCUCCCAAGAUGCCACCCGCUUCAUUCAAGUGUCUGGAAGCACUGUGUUCCUGUUAGAGCCACCAGCACAAGCACCAGGCGAUGCUGAUCCAGGUGAAAGCCCCAGUGCAGCAGCAACAGCACAUGAUGGAGACGAUGAUGAGGAGAGACCAUCUCUGUGGAUUCCAGAAGGCAUGAGGACCCAGAUGCUAUACAGUGGGAAAACCAGCCUGGCAACAUACUCCAAGAAGAUGACACAGCUCAAAAUAAAAAUUAGCAAUCAGUACAACCAAGUCAUCGUUAUAAGGCACCAGCCUCUUUUGCCCACCCCCCCAGCACCAGGUGUGGCCACUAGCCUAUAUGAAGGCCCAAAAUUGUGUGUUCCUUUCUGCUCUGACAAUGGCAUGCCCAUUCUUGCGAGAUGUGGUGGAUGAAGAAGCACUUGUGCUGAGGAGAGCCUUCAGGCGAGAAAGGGUCUUCAGGGACCGGUUGGACCCACUGGCCUUCCCUGAUGACCAUCUAUAUGAAAGAUACAGGUUUUCUGCAGAUGGCAUCAGGUAUCUAUGCAGACUACUGGGUCCC